AUGUCGACGGCGCCGGCGGUGGGAGAGGAGGCGGCGGUGACGGUGGAAGGGGGUAGGCGCCGGCAGCGGGGGCGGUGGAGGUGUCGGCGGCAGCGUCGGUCCACGCACUACACCAAAGCGGAGUCCAUUGUUGUGGCAAGGGCCUUGGAUGCUGUCAUGUCGGACGCCCCAGUUGGCACCAAUCAUACCGAGUUAAGCUUCUGGAGGCGCGUCCUGGUGGCCUACGACGACUUCAAGCCGAGAGGCGCCGUCCCGCGUGAGCCGGACCAGAUCCACAAAAAGUGGGGGAGGAUUCUAAGAGCUGUCAAGAGGUUCGCGGGCAUAUACGAAAACAACCAGCGCACUGCUGAGAGUGGCCGCAGCGAAGCCGGCGUGAAGGCAUUGUCAUUCUCCAUGUUCAACACCAAAGAGUUUCCUAAGUUCGGCUACUGGGAGGAAUAUUUGGUUCUCUAG